AUGCGAUUGAUAUCUAUUAUUGUGACGUGGCUAUCCACUACAGCCAUCGCAUGGCCAACAAACGAACAUGAAAUUGCGCCAUUGGCUAUCAACACCAGCUCUGGUGUCUUUGCACCAUACAUCGACCACUCACAGACAAACGUCGCAGCAUUCCUCGACAUUCCAUUCGCAGAGAAGCCUGUUGGGAAUAUCAGAUUUGCUCCACCUGUCCCUAAGCAGUACCCGGGAGAUAAGGUUGUGCGCGCAACCAGUCUUCCCCCGGGGUGUAUCCAAUACGUGCCUCUACUACUUAGAGGUUCUAUUGUUGAUGGACCUGUGACAGCUGCCAACUUCCAGAGAGGGGAUUACAAGAACACAACUGAGGAUUGUCUUAGACUCUCUUUGUUUGCUCCCAAGAAGGUUGUCUCCCAGACGAAGAGUGUAAAGCACAAACCCCUGCCCGUCAUCAUCUGGGUUCACGGCGGCGGCUACUCAAUAGGAGGCACAAACGUUCCCUACCAGCUUGCACCGAACUGGGUUCAGCGCAGCCAGAAACAUAUUGUUGUGCAAGUCCAAUAUCGUCUCAAUCUCCUGGGGCUGCCGAAUGCUGCAGGAUUGGUUGCCGGCGGCAAGAACCUCAACCUUGCUCUGCUUGACCAACGCCUUGCUGUUGAAUGGGUACGCGACAACAUCGCUCGCUUCGGAGGCGAUCCCAAUCGUAUUACACUCUGGGGUGAGAGUGCAGGUGCUUAUGCGGUGGAUGGCUACCUUUUUGCAUGGCCUCGCGAUCCUAUUGUCAAAGGCGUGAUAGCCGACUCUGGCAAUGCUCUAUCAAUCGAAGCAGGGUUAGUCGAUGCGAAGAACCACAGCACUUUCUCACUUGCUGCGAGUCGUUUGGACUGUGGUGGCCUUUCACCCGACGAGGAGCUUCAGUGUAUGAGGAAAGUCCCUGAGCACAAACUUAAGAAAUAUCUCCAGGCAGAGAUUGGCCAAGGAGGUGCCGCCGAUGACGGCAUUUCUUUCUCACUCAUCGCGGAUAACAUCACUGCAUUUGCAAAUUAUUCCAGACGAAUUGGAAGAGAUCCAUCAUUGUACCCAGUGAGCAUUCCUAUCUUGAUUGGAACCAACACGGACGAGGGAAAUGCUGUCAUCCCGUACAAGUUUCCCGGAUAUGAAACCGCAACAGAAAUACCGAGCAAUCUCAAGCCCAUCGCAGAUGGGUUUGCUCUGAACUUGCAAUGCACCACCCUUAAAGAGAUUCGCUUAAGGUCUGAAGCCGGUGCUACGACCUAUCAAUACCUCUACGCCGGCAACUUCACCAACAUUUCGCCUCUGCCCUGGCUAGGUGCCUACCAUACUGCGGAACUACCUCUAGUCUUUGGCACAUACGGAAUCGACGGACCCUCUACCAAGUUCGAAAAAAGUGUGAGCGAAAGGAUGCAGGAUCUUUAUGUCAGGUUUGCUAGUGAUCCUGUGCAUGGAUUGCAGGAUGCUGGGUGGCCAGCAGCUCAAGCGAAGCUGGGCAGAUCUAAACUUGUAAAGUGGGCUGCAAAUGGAAAAGUCGAGCAGAUUUCUAGCACAAGACAGAUGGUGGAAGGGUGUGUCAAGAACGGAUUCGAGGUGUAG